AUGCCCUCCAAACCCGCAAAAUACGGCAUCAAGCUGUGGGUCGCGUGCGACGCGCGGUCCAGUUACGCGUGGAAAAUGCAGGUGUACACCGGUAAAGCUCGGAAGGAUGGCCCCGCAGAGAAGAACCUGGCCGCGCGGGUCGCGCUGGACCUCACCGAGGGACUGGGACCGGGCCGCACCGUGACGUGCGACAACUUUUUCACCUCGUUCCAGCUCGCCCGGAGGCUGUUCUUCGAGAGGGGACUCACCCUGUUGGGGACGCUGCGCGCCAACAGGACGGAGGUCCCGCGCGAACUGGCCCGCCCGCCUACUACCCGGGGGAACGGCAGACGGGUCGGGUCCUCCACGAACCCGGGACGCAUCCGCGUCCGAAAUCGCGACGCGCGCCUGUUCCGGCGAAAAGGAAGAGGUGUCCAACGUGCCCCAGAAGCAAGGACGUCAAAACCACAAACGUGUGCCGGGGGUGCGGUGUGCACAACCACAGCAUCCGAGAGAAUGAAGUUCACAUGUGACCAGUGUGGAAAGAUGUGGUCAUGUGCUUCCAAACUCAAAGUUCACUACAGAACUCACACAGGAGAGAAGCCAUUUAAAUGUGACCUGUGUGGAAAAGAAUUUAAAAAUUCAGGUGACCUGAAUCGACACAUGAGAAUCCACACAGGAGAAAGGCCGUACAGCUGUGACCAGUGUGGGAAUGGAUUUAAACUGGGUGGUGCACUCAAAGCACAUAUGAGAAUCCACACAGGAGAAAGACCAUACAGCUGUGACCAGUGUGGGAAGGAAUUUACACAUGCUGGUACACUCAAAGCACAUAUGAGAAUCCACACAGGAGAAAGACCGUACAGCUGUGACCAGUGUGGGAAGGCAUUUAAAGACUUGGGUACACUCAAAGCACAUAUGAGAAUCCACACAGGAGAAAGACCGUACAGCUGUGACCAGUGUGGGAAGGCAUUUAAAGACUUGGGUACACUCAAAGUACAUAUGAGAAUCCACACGGGAGAAAGGCCAUAUGGCUGUGACCAGUGUGGGAAUGAAUUUAAACAGGCUGGUGCACUCAAAGCACACAUGAGAAUCCACACAGGAGAAAGACCGUACAGCUGUGACCAGUGUGGGAAUGAAUUUAAACUGGCUGGUGCACUCAAAGCACAUUUGAGAAUCCACACAGGAGAAAGGCCAUAUGGCUGUGACCAGUGUGGGAAUGAAUUUAAACAGGCUGGUGCACUCAAAGCACAUAUGAGAAUCCACAUGGGAGAAAGGCCAUACAGCUGUGACCAGUGUGGGAAGGCAUUUAAAGACUCGGGUUCACUCAAAGUACAUAUGAGAAUCCACACAGGGGAGAAGCCAUUUGAAUGUGACCAGUGUGGUAAGCAAUUUAAAUAUUCUAGUGCCCUCCAUCAGCAUAUGAGAAUUCACACAGGAGACAAACCAUCUGACUGUGAAGAGAGUGGGAAGGCUUUAAGAUCUGUGAGGAACCGUCUGAACCAAGUUUCCAGACUGAAGAGAAAAGCAGCAGCUGUGACCAGUGUGGGAGGACCUGCUCAUCUGAAAGUGCACUGUCUUGAACACACUAAAGGAGACAGAGCUGCUGAGGCUGGAUCAUGUGAGGCUAAAGUCAGACUCAAAAAGCUGGAGAUCAGGCUUCAGAGACUCCAGACUGUGGAGUCGACCUCUGUGUAGAGUCA